AGCGAUGGCAGAAAUACCCCUUUAUCUAUCCAGCGUCAGUAUAACUGUCACACAUGAUAUGGACUCUGACAAGCUCUCUGGAAAAGAGAAGGAAUAUGAGUGUGUGGAGCUUGGUGAUCUGGACAGAAAAGAGAAGACCCCACGCCGCAUUAUUCAUUUCUCCAGCGGGGAGACCAUGGAAGAAUACAGCACAGAUGAGGAGGAGGAAGACAAAACACAGAACGCAAAGAAAGACCUUCUGUCCUCCAUAGACACAUCCAAGCUGGCUUGGGGCCCAUAUGUCUGGUUUCAGAUGUGGAGAGCAGCUACAUCCACUAUAUCUGCUUGUGACUACCUCGGUGAGCGAAUGGCAUCGCUUUUUGGCAUCACCUCAGCUAAAUACCAGUAUGCCAUAGAUGAAUACAGCCGGUCAAAGAGGGAGAAGGAAGAGAGGUGAAGAUACACGGCUCACUGAAGAGGCAGAGCACCUGUUUGAAGAGCAGCAAAAUGAUGAAGACGAGGAUCCA